UUCCGGCUGCAUCGUCCUCUGGAAAUUACAACGAUGGGCAGUGUUUUGGCUGCCAGCUCCCCCAACCCACCACCACCAGCAGCCUCUGGUGGUGUGGCUGCCCCUGGGUUGACGGUGCCACCGGGUUUUGGGAUGCCUCCAGUGUCUUCGGUUAUACCCCCAACUGGGCUAACGACAGGGGAGCAGCCGGAGGCGGAAAACCCUUUGCCUAACCCCGGUGCAUUUGACGAGUGUCAUCGCAAGUGCAAAGAGGUUUUCCCUAUGCAGAUGGAAGGCGUCAGGCUAGUCGUCAAUAAGGGCCUUAGCAACCACUUCCAGGUGAACCACACUGUGCUGCUGAGCACCAUGUCAGACUCCACCUACAGGUUUGGUGCUACAUACGUUGGAUUAAAGCAGAUGGGUCCAGCAGAGUUUUUUCCAGUCAUGGUUGGAGACAUGGACAACAGUGGCAGCCUUAACGCCCAGAUCAUCCACCAGAUCUCCAGCAAAGUACGAUCCAAACUGGCCUUCCAGACACAACAACAGAAGUUUAUGAACUGGCAAGGCGAUGCUGAGUUCAGGGGAGAAGAUUUUACUGCAACGGUUACACUUGGGAACCCAGAUGUCCUUGUUGGCUCUGGUAUUGUUGUAACGCACUACCUCCAGUCCAUAACGCCGUCUCUGGCUCUGGGAGGGGAGAUGGUUUACCACCGCAGGCCGGGAGAGGAAGGCACAGUGAUGUCUUUAGUUGGCAGGUACACAGGUAAUAACUACAUUGCCACGUUGACGCUCGGCUCAGCAGGGGCUCAUGCCUCAUAUUACCAUAAAGCCAACGACCAGUUGCAGCUCGGCGUCGAGUUCGAGGGGAGCACUCGCAUGCAAGACACCAGCGUGUCAUUCGGCUACCAGCUAGAUCUACCUAAAGCCAAUUUACAGUUUAAAGGUUCACUAGACAGUAACUGGGUCGUGGGUGCUACGUUAGAAAAGAAGUUGCUCCCGCUGCCGCUCUCGCUGGUUCUCUGCUCCUUCCUCAACCAUCGCAAGAACAAGUUCCAGUGCGGUUUUGGCGUCACUAUCGGUUAGACUGACUGAGCGGCGGGUUCGCAGCCUGCGGACUGAGUUCACAGAAUGGACAAAACUCAUUAUGGACAAGAAGACUAUGCCAUGUACACUACUACUGUGUGUCUUAUCACCUCAGCCUGUCUCGUGUCUUUAGCAGAUUCAGCCAUUUUCAUACAGUCCCAGCUCAUUUUUCAUCAUGUGGUGAAUAGAAACUCCAGAAAAUAAAUUAUGUAAAUUUAAUGAAUUUAAUCCUAUAAAAUUAAUUGCCAUGAUGAUCAGAAAUGUACCAUAUUGUAAGAUGCUAUCGGUCAGGAAUUGGCUGUGACAUUUUUUUGACUCUCCACACGAACCAAUAGGCCGUAGAAAGACGUAAUACAUUUAGACACGUUACAGAAGUUAUUUUGUUUUUGUCACUGAGUUCAGUGCCUGUUGCGGUUUUGUUUUUGAGUUUUAUUCUUGUGUGUUUUUUUCUUGUUUGGUUUUUUUUUUACAGUAAAAGUCUCUUUU